AUGGAUGCGUUUUUUACUUCCACAGACCAUGCAGUAAAUAUGAAAGAAAAAGAGGUUUCUGUGUAUUCGAAAUUUACAAUAAGAGAAAUCAGAAAGAUCGAGGAUUUUGUGGUGUUAAUAGGAGACAAUGUCGAAUGUCGCCUGUCUGGGGAAUGGUGCGAUGUUGAAUACAGGGUAAAUGAUCGGGUUACUGUUAUCCGUUGUAUUUGUUGUUCUGAGCAGGAUGAAGAUUCCGACAUUGAUUGCCUGGAUGAGAUCUUUGAAUCUGAAUGUGAAGAACACUCUAUGGAAUGUGAAAAAGAAAAUUUAAGACAGGGCACUCAAAGAAGCAAGAUCUUUAUUACUAACACAAAGAACUAUCUCUUAGUAGAGGACGAUCCUGUUGCCAUCACGACGUUAUCAGAAUCUCUGACGUGCAGAAACAAACGCUACAUAAGCUCUAAGAUCGCCUCUAUAAAGCUUUCCUAUACAGAUGUAAGAGUUCUUAUUGGAGUUAUAGUUCAUUCCAUCAUGGAGAGGGCCUUAGUGCAAAAGAACUUUGCUUUUGAUUUCUUAAUAAACCAAGCAAAGAGAGGGAUCUCCGAGAAUGUCAUGCUGAUGUAUAAGUGCGGAAUUGAUGAGAAGACAGCUCUCAACGAAACAUUGAAACUAAUAAGGAAUAUACACAUGUUUAAGAACCACAAGUUUGAAGCUAUUGAGACCGAAAAAAGACUCAUGUCUCUUUUAUUUAAUAUCAAAGGAGACGCAGAUGCAAUUGGAAUUGAUACGGUUUUAGAGAUCAAGAGCACCAAGUCGCAACGGCCAGAGCAUCGUGCGCAAGUAAUCCUAUAUGCCCUCAUGCUUAAAGAAAAGACAGGAGAUGACUUCUCUCCAUUCUUAUACUAUAUCCCUGCUGGAGAGCUGGUUGAAGUUAAAUUAAGACAUCAAGAAAUCAGAAGCUUACUAAACCUUAGGAACAAGAUUGCUAUAUUCAGGGAGCCUUGCGAAUGUGAAUGUGAAGACCACAGUUGUAACGCUUUGCUAAAGAUAAAGAGCUUAGAAAAGACGCACUUUCUAAGAAGGCAGCUAGAUGCAAUUGAUGAAGAAGAGGCAAGGACGGUGGAGUCGUUUAUCCCAGCGGUCCUCAGGUACCAAAGGGGUACUCUAGUUGGGUUAGAUCUUCAAGGGGAAAUGCCUUCAAACAAUAUACAUUUGACCCUGUUCAGCUCUGAUCUUGUAAGGAUUUCAAAAGGAAUUGUAGAGGAAUCUAGUGGAAGCAAGUUACUAGUAAGGCUAAACGAAGAAAUUCUUUUCAAGAAGGAAGAAAGGGUGUGUGUGUCUUUUGGAGUCUCUGAUAUAUUUUUCAGGUUUAUGAGGUUCUCACUUAUCCAUAUUGCAUAUCCAAGAUAUUGCUCCUCAGAGGUGAUUGGGGGAUUUACCUUACCUAUGGAAAAGAUAGGUCUUGGAACAAGUAAUAACCUCAAUGAAUCAAGUCUAAGCGAUGGGGACUCUGUGCUAACGGAGGAAUUGAACGAAUGCCUUAACAGUGAUAGGGAGGUCUUGGAUAAUGACGAAGAGAAAAAACCAAAGGAAAGACCUAGAAUGGACGAAAAUAGUGAGCACGAGGCUUCUUCUAAUAUAUUAGGAUCGUACAAUAACUAUGCACUAGAUGAACAUAAGAUCCCAAUACCUGAGAUUUAUAGAAAGGAGUUUUUACAACUGAAUGACGACCAGCGUUCUGCAUUGUUUUUAUCGUUGAAUUGUAGAAACUACAGAAUUAUACAUGGGAUGCCAGGAACAGGGAAAAGCACUCUUAUAUGUUUGCUGAUCAAAAUCCUUGUUCAUCUCAAGAAAAAGGUCCUUUUGAUAUGUUACACAAACCUUGCUUUGGCAAACAUUACAAAGAAAUUGGACGGGAUCAAAAUAUACACAGCUGGAAAGGAAGGUUUUUUCUUCAAAACGACUGCAGAGGCCAUAGCAUUCUUUGAAAAUGUUGAGCUGGUAGUGGGAACAUGCUUCUCGUUUGCAGACCCUGUCUAUGUAAACAGACGAUUCGAUUUUUGUGUUGUUGAUGAGGGAUCCCAGAUGCACCUUCUUCUGGCAUUGAUCCCAGUGAGCAUUUCUACAAAAUUCGUGAUAGUGGGAGAUCAUCUCCAAUUAAAGCCUCUUUCUAGAAGCUCCAAGGAACUAAGCCUUUCUCUUUUUGAAUAUCUACUUAGGGAGGAUCACUCCAAGCUUCGAACUCAGUACAGAAUGGGAAAUGAGAUAAUGAGAUUAUCAAACACUCUAUUCUAUAAUGACCAACUUAUCGGUGAGAAAAGGCCAUCUUCAGUCGAGUUUAUAGAUACGGAUACGAUAGAUUUCAUAGCAUUGGUGCCUUCUUUUGAAGAAUGUACCAUUCUUUGUUAUUUCAAUGCACAAGUAGAUCUGAUAAGAGAAAAAACUAGAUGCAUUGUGGAGACUGUGGACAGAUUCCAAGGUAGUGAGGAUGACAGGGUUGUUGUUGUUUUUGACCCUGUUUCAAGAUGUGAGGUGAUGGAGAGUUGCGAAAGGCUUAAUGUUGCUCUGACUAGGGCUAGAAAGCACCUUAUUCUUGUCGGUAACAAGUCUAAAAUGCUGGAAAUAGAUAUAUUGAAGAGGCUUAUAAGUAUCUUGUAA